CAUUUUGGAUUUUAGACAAUUUGUUUGACCGUCAAGAAAUCUACAAUGUUUUUAUUCUACCUGUGAAUAUUUUUAUAAAAUCAACCCUCAACGUCCGCCGUCUGCGUAACCGUCGUUCCACAUCAUCCGCCCCGACCGCGCGCAGCCCCCAUGUCGCGCGAGGCCGUCUGAAGUCGAUCAGCUGUUGACGUGUGGAAACAAACAACUUGGUCUCCAGAUCUGGUCUGCUGCUAUGCUUUUAUAAUGAACGGUCAGUUUUACGAGCAGUUGGGGGGUGUCGCCGGGUUGUUCGAGCAAUGGGGCGCGUGCGAGCGGACGGUGGUGGCGUGCGCGCUGGCGCGGCGGGUGCCGUGGCCGGGGCUGCGGCUGCUGCAGCGCGCGGUGGAGGCGGCGCUGCGCCAGCACGGCGGCGACGCGCGGCUGGAGAGCCACGCCAACGACGACGUGCACCUCGCCGCGCUGCUUGCCGACGACGACGAGGAUGAAGUCAGCGAGCGUCUCCAGCAGCUCCUCACCCUACUCCCGCUCCUCCGCACUGACAACGAGCGCUGCAAGGAGGUGUACGUGGGCGCCGCGCCCGCCCUCGUGCGCCGCGCCCUGGACGCGCGCCGCGGGGGCGGGGGCGGGGGCGCGGGGGAGCUGUGCCGGCAGCUGCUGUCGUACCUGCUCGUGCAUCCCGCGCUCACGCAUCAUGACCAGAGAACCUUGACCCAGUGGCUCCGCUACCUGGAGACGCAGCUGUCGGGCGCGGAGGGGGCGUGGCCCCGCGACCCCGCGCCCCCCGCCCCCGCCGCCAACAUCUGGGGCGCGUGCGCCUUCCGCCGCACCAUCGGCAAGAAUGUGGAGUUCCGCGGCGACGAGCCCUACUCCGACCCGCUGCAAGAGUCCUUCUCCAAGAAUGGCAGAGACGUCGACAUAAGCUUAGACGGAGAGAAGUUGACUUUUGACGCGGCCAUCUCACAGCCAAAAUCACAAAGAUCGAAUAGUUUGACCCCGCCGUCGACCAACUUCAUGCACAUGUCCUCAUCAGCGGAGAACUUGAGCGACGAGCCGUUUGUGCAAAAACCGCGUAGUUUCUCGUUGUCCAGUGAGCAUAGUUUGAGCCAGUUGCGGCCGCUGGCGGGGUUCACGACGGGCAGCGAGACGCGGCUGGACCAGCUCCGCGGCGGCUGCGCCCCGGAGCACGCCGCCAUGGCCGCCGUCGCCUCGUGGCUCAAGAGCCUGCGUCUGCACAAGUAUGUGUGGCUGUUCACGAAUAUCAGCUACGAGCAGAUGAUGGCUAUUGAUGAGGACUACCUGGAGAAAUUAGGUGUAACAAAAGGCGCGCGCCACAAGCUGCUCCUGUCCAUCCGCAAGCUGCACGAGCGGCCCGCCCAGCUGGCCGCCCUGGCGCACGAGCUGGGCGGGGGCGCGCCGCCCGCCGCCGUGGGCGCCGCCCUGGACCAGCUGCGCGCGCUGCUGCUCACGCCCAUCUGCCCCGCCUCGCCGCUGCCCGAGGCUAUAUUGAGGGUGCUGGAGUUAGCGUCCAAGUGCGUGCUGAGCGGCGACGGCCGCGUGCCCCCGCCCGCCCCCGACGCCGACGCCGUGGACCCCAUGUCGCUGCACUGCUGGCUCGUCGAGAAGGCCCUGCACCACCCGUCGUUCAGCAGCCCGCCGAUCGUGGAGGCGCUCAAGCGGCUGCGCCACCGCCUCCCGCCCCGGCAGUUCUUCCACCACGUGAGCGACAUGCCGCCGCACCGCCGCCCCCACUACACCAGAUGGCGGACGUCGCACUACAUGUCGCGGCCGCGGCGCUCGUGGCCGGCCGUGCCGCCCGCCGUGCCGCGCGGCAAGUCGCACUCGUACCCGCCCUACCCGCCGCCGCCGCCGCCCGCCGACGACUACUCAGGACUUGAUGCACUGUGUCUGCAGAUGACCGAACAGGCCAUCAACUGAAGAUGAGAGAAAACUGAGAGUGUAGAGAGGACUGUAGGGUAAUAGUGUCGGUGACAAGGUGGUAAGACGGUGGGCGAAGUAAUGGGUAACUCUUGUGAGGUUUGUGCAAUGGUGAAUGGUGGUAACAAUAGGUUGAUGAUGAUUAGAUAAGUGAGGUGAAUAAUCGAAGAACACCAAAAUAUGGCACCCGUUUACAUAAAUAAAUGUUAGGAAGCUAGUCUGUUAGUGUAAUUGUAAGUCUUGUAUUUUACAAUACAUUCGUUGACUGGACUAGAGGGUGUUUAACAAAUGAGAUUUCAGGCUGUAAGUGUAUGGAUAGAUCACAGUUUAUACAACUUGUGAUGCGUUGGUUGAACGCUGACUGGUAUUCCAUCUAUUCGGUAUCCAAUGCAUAAUAUAGGAACAAUUUUAUUAUGGUUCGCGACUAAUAUUAUGGCUUGAGCCAUGCAUUGUAAUGAAUAUUACCAUCACCAACUUGUUCCCAUUUUUAUUUUAGAAUUGUAACUGCCUAUAUAUUUAUUUAAAAUCAAAUUUUAUUAAUUUAUUUGUAAAUUAAUUGCUUUUGUAUAGUUU